AUGACGACCGUCGACACGGGACAGGCAAGUCGUAUUGCACAGACCGGCUAUUCAGCUCAUCGCGAACGUCUUCGGCAACAGCGUGAAGAGCAAUUUUUGGCUCAGCAACUGGCCCGCCAACAGAAGCAACAACAGCAAUCUCUGCAUUCUCAGCGUCAACUGCGUCAAAUGGGCGGCUCCACGGUCACUUUGAGUCAGCAGCAAAUGCAGCAUCAAGAGCAAAUGCAUCAGAGGCGCAUCCAAAAUAUGUCAUCCAGUCAUUUGAGCCAUCAUCACUCGAUGUCCGCGAUGAAUUGGAAGCAAUUGUCUCGUUUGGCAUUGAUUCCCACAGAACAUAACUUCAGCGCUCCACUCCACUUUGUUUGUGCUGAUGCCCAAACUCUCGAGGCCUGUAGCAAGAUGGAGAUUUAUAGAAAUGGUCUUUUUUCCCCGUUUGCCCAGCAACCCAGCAGCCUGAUGGGAGGAGGAGAGGCCUUUGAAGAGGUGGAAACGAUCACUUUACAACCAAUCGGCCGAGGCGUGCAAGACCUGAGCUCCCGAACGGGUUCGAUGACAACUUUGGCCCAGGCCCCAGCUACUGCCACUUCACUAGUCGACGGUAAGUGA